UUACAGUUGAUUAGCUGGGCUGCGUCUCUCUCGAGAAGGAGAAAAGCCCAACAUUUUGAAGUCAGCGCAAGACUAAUAAUUGCAAAUACAGAAAUCAAGAGAGAGAUGGCGGAUGCAGCAAUUGAGUUCCUGCUUGAAAACAUUAAGGAGAUCAUGCAAUACCACGCCAAUUCAAUCAUAGGUGCGAAGCGCGAAAUCGAGAAUCUGGAGAGCGAUCUCCGCUUCUUCAGAGAAUUUCUGAGGGACAGAGUGAAGAAGCGGAGAAAGGAUGAGUUUAUGAAGGUGGUGGUGAGGGAGAUUCAAGAUCUUGUUUAUGAGUCCGAAGAUAUCAUUGACGUCUUUAUUACCAACGGCGUCCACCAAAAAAGCACCAAGAGCUCCUCCUCGAUAGAUCUCCAUGCCAUUGACAAAAGGGUUAAGGGGAUUAAACAGAAGAUCGAGCUGCGCUGGCCCCAUUCCGACAUCUUGAGCUUCGAUUGUGCAGACAACCGUGAAAAACCUGAGAGCAGUAACUUUUCUAAUUUCUUCGAGUAUUCAUUGGAUUUCUGCCCUGGAAAACUUCUCAAACAGCCUCGGCCACCAAGAAUGAAAAAUGUGGUGGGCUUCAAAGAUGUGACGGAAGAUCUGAUACGCCGUCUGACUCAAGAAACCAACUAUUUUGAUGUCAUUUCUGUGAUUGGUAUGUUUGGGCUGGGCAAGACGACAUUGGCAUGCAAGGUUUAUAAUGAUCUAGAAAUCCAAUGCUUCUUCCCCAUCCGUAUAUGGCUUUCUAUUUCACAGGAUUUCUCAGCCAGAGAUAUCUUUCUAGACAUUCUCAAACAACUCACCACUAUAAGUGACCAUAUACUUGCCAAAAAUGACCAUGAGUUAGCUUAUAUGGUUGCUGAUCUUCUGAAGCGAGGAAGAUUCUUGAUCGUCAUGGAUGAUGUAUGGGAAACUGCAGAUUGGGAUAGACUUCAUGCGGCUCUGCCCGAAGACAAUACAAAAGGUAAAGUCUUGAUCACCUCUCGUAUGAAUGGAGUAAGCUACUAUGCGAGCCGGCCGAGACCUCCCUACAAUUUGCGUCUCUUUAACUUGGAAGAAAGCUGGGAGCUGCUUCGGUUGGAGGCACUUGGCAAGCUGGACUGCCCUUCUCAAUUGGAACUUGUCGGACGACGAAUUGCAAAGAGUUGUGAUGGUCUGCCACUUGCAAUAGCAGUCAUAGGAGGCAUGCUUGCCACUAGGUCUUCAGGCUCAGUUACCACUGCAACGAGAAGAUAUUGGGAAAAAGUGUCCGAUCACGUGAGCUCAUAUGCCAUUGGGAAUGACCCGGCAGAUCGCAUGCAAAAAUCUAUAUCUCUGAGCUAUGACAAAUUACCUUACCACUUGCGCCCAUGCUUUCUCUAUUUCGGGUUGUUCCCAAAGGACUAUGAAAUUCCAGUGUCUAAAUUGAUCCGCAUGUGGAUAGGAGAAGGAUUCGUACAAGAAAACCGUGAUUGUAGCUUGGAGGAAACUGCAGAGAAGUAUUUGGAGGAUCUUAUUAACAUAAACUUAGUCAGAAACGAGAAGUUUAUGCCUUAUGGUAAGGUCAAAACAUGCCGGGUUCAUGAUAUGGUACGUGAUUUCUGCUGCAUUGAAGCUGCAAAUGAAAACUUUCUCCAAGAAAUCAAGUGCAACAAUGACGGACAGUUCACACCCUCAACUUCCUACACUGUCAAGUAUCGUCGCCUUUCUCUUCAUUCUAAGUGCUUGGACUUUAUCUCAUUACGACUUUUUGGUCCUCGUGUCAGCUCAUUUGUUUGUUUAUCCAAGGAUACAUAUUUCAUGUCUCCAGAGAACAGUUCAAACAUCAUUGGAAGCUUCAAACAGCUCAGAGUUUUAGAUGUUUUGCCCUUCAAGUUCACCAAGAUUGACGUUGACCUGUAUAAUCUGCUUCAUUUGAGAUACAUUGCCUUGUCGUCAAACUUGUCAGUUCUUCCAUCAAAGUUCAACCAGCUAUGGAACAUACAAACUCUUAUAGUUGACACUACAUGUCGUACGCUUAAAGUUGAAGCGGAUAUAUGGACGAUGAAUCAGUUGAGGCAUUUCAAGACAAAUGCCACCGCUACGUUGCUCAAGUCAACUAAAAGUGGCGAAAUAGGUGAACGGCGCCUUCAAACACUUGGCUUAAUCUCGGUGGAAAGUUGCACAGAGGAACUCUCUCAUCAGGCGCCCAAUCUGAAGAAAUUGGGCAUCCGUGGGCAAUUGGCAUUGCUUUUUAACAGAAGGAGUGGAGUUUUUGAUUUGAGGAAUAUGAGUGAACUUGGAAAGCUGAAACUAAUAAACGACGUAUAUCCUAACCCAGGGAGGGAAGGGGGAUUGAGUGGCCUUCCUCAACCUCAUCAGUUCCCACCCAGCCUCACGAGCCUUACAUUAUGUGCUACUUUCCUCAGUUGGGAACAUAUGUCUACCCUCGGAUUGCUGAAGAGACUUGAGGUGCUCAAGCUAAAAGAUUAUGCGUUCAGUGGGGACAUCUGGGAGGCUGCUGAUGGAGGUUUCCGGUGUCUUGAACUUUUGUACAUUGAAGACACGGAUUUAAUUGAUUGGAAUGCUUCGUCCCAUCACUACCCCAAGCUCAACACCCUUGUGCUCAAAAACUGUGAGAAGCUUCGUGGAAUUCCAGCUGAGCUAGCUGACAUACCAAGCCUCCAAAAGUUGGAGUUGCAUACUUGCAUAUCUGCAGCUGAAUCUGCCAAGGACAUUUUGGAUGCAAAGAAACAGACACUGGCCGAAGGCUCUGCAUUCACGUUGUCCAUCUUUCCUCCUAUUUAAUGAUCAACUUUUAUUUAUCUUGCCAAGUUAUCUUUCAAAUUCUGACUCUCCUAGCAAAUCUUGUGUUUAUUUGAUCUCUGAUCUCAAUUAUCUUUCGCAGCAUUUUUAUUCAACCACGUGAGCUUAUGGUAGGUGAGAACUAGUAAUCUAUACCUAUUAUAAAAGAUAUAAUUGAAUUAUAGUAGUCUGUGUUUGAUGCGUAUUUUUGCUAGAAUCACUGAGUUGAUGUUGCAAUAUUUGGUUUUGAUAAAGUUCCUGUUGUUAACGCCAACCAAAACAAAAUACAUGUAAAGUUGAAGUCUCAAAAUGUAACAGAGGACUAUAUUUGGGUGAUAAAAUGUUGUUGUUUCUCUUACCAAA